GAUUUUCAGGCGCCCGCGGAGAGCCGCCGGCCCCAAGAUGGCGGCGGGGGCGCUGGCGGGCGGGCGCUGAGGGAGGGUCCGGCCGUUCCCCACCGAGCAUGAGCGGCGGCGGCGGGCAGAGGACGCUGUUCCAGAGCUGGGGGGCUGGCGUGAGCCGCGCCCCGGGGGCCCCCUCAGCCCCUCGGCGGGAGGCGGCUGCCGGUCCCGCGCCUGGGCCCGGCCCCGAGGCGGCGGCGGCCGGGGACGAUGACUUGCUGCUGGCGGCGGCGGCGGCCGAGGCCGAGCGGGGCCCGGGCGGCGGGUUCUGCGCGGCGGCGGGCUCGCUGUGGGUCUACCCCACCAACUGGCCGGUGCGCGGCUACCAGGAGCGCAUGGCGCGGGCGGCGCUGCUGGCCAACACGCUGGUCUGCCUGCCCACCGGGCUGGGCAAGACCUUCGUGGCCGCCGUGGUCAUGUACAACUUCUACCGCUGGUUCCCCUCCGCCAAGGUGCUCUUCCUGGCGCCCACCCGGCCGCUGGUGGCGCAGCAGAUGGAGGCCUGCGCCCGCGUCAUGGGCAUCCCGCAGCACCACAUGGCCGAGAUGACAGGGGGUACCCAGGUUCUCAAUCGGAAGGAAAUCUGGCACAAUAAGAGGGUCUUUUUUCUUACUCCUCAAGUAAUGGUAAAUGAUCUUUCUCGUGGAACCUGUCCUGCAGCAGAAAUAAAAUGUCUGGUUAUUGAUGAAGCCCACAAAGCUCUUGGAAACUACGCCUACUGCCAGGUUGUGAAGGAACUGAGCAAAUACACAAACCAAUUCAGAAUCUUGGCUCUAAGUGCCACACCAGGCAGUGACACAAAGGCUGUACAGGAAGUUAUUUCCAACCUAUUGAUAGCACAGAUAGAGCUGUGUUCUGAAGAUUCCCCAGAUAUUCAGCCUUACUCUCAUGAGCGGCAAGUUGAAAAAUUUGUUGUUCCACUUGGUAAAGAACUAGCAGAAAUUCAGAAUGCUUACAUCAGGGUUUUGGAAACAUUUGCUGGCCGCCUGAUUAAAAUUCGAGUUUUGGCACAGCGGGAUAUUCCCAGCCUUACAAAGUACCAGAUAAUUCUAGCAAGAGAUCAAUUUCGGAAAAACCCUUCUUCACGCAAUGCGGGGAUACAGCAGGGCGUAAUUGAAGGAGAUUUUGCUCUUUGCAUUAGUUUGUAUCAUGGUUAUGAACUACUGCUGCAGAUGGGAACAAGAUCAUUAUUUAUCUUCCUGUGUGGAAUUAUGGAUGGAUCAAAAGGCUUGACUCGUGCCAGGAAUGAACUUAGCCGGAAUGAGGACUUCAUGAAAUUGUAUCGGCAACUUGAAAACAUGUUUUCAGACACAUCUGUGACUUCAGCAAAUGGAAAUUUUCUUUACAACAAUAGAACAGGACCUGCAAAUAAAAAUAAAAUCAUCUACAGUCAUCCAAAAUUAAAGAAAUUAGAAGAGGUUGUAGUAGAACACUUCAAAUCCUGGAAGGGAUGUACAGAUCAAAGCAUGUCUGAAAGCAAACCCAGUGAUACCAGAGUUAUGAUCUUCUCCUCAUUUCGAGACAGCGUCCAAGAAAUUGCUGAAAUGCUUUCCCAGCACGAGCCAAUUGUCAGAGUAAUGACCUUCGUUGGCCACUCCACAGGAAAGAGCACGAAGGGCUUUACACAAAAAGAUCAGCUUGAGGUGGUAAAAUGCUUUCGUGAAGGUGGCUAUAAUACACUGGUCUCUACAUGUGUAGGAGAAGAAGGGUUAGAUAUUGGAGAAGUGGACCUCAUAAUCUGUUUUGAUGCUCAAAAAAGUCCAGUUCGUCUUGUGCAGCGAAUGGGUCGAACUGGGCGCAAGCGGAAAGGCAGAAUUGUUGUCAUACUUGCAGAAGGACGGGAACAACGGACUUACAAUCAAAGCCAGUCCAACAAAAAGAGCAUUUACAAAGCAAUUUCGGAAAACAAAAUGCUUCACUUUUACCAGCAAAGCCCUCGUCUGAUUCCUGAGGGAAUAAACCCAAAGUUGCACAAAAUGUUUAUCACUCCUGCAAUAUAUGAACCAAAUAAUUCAAGAUCACUUUCCAAAGAGAGAAGAUCCAGCUCCCUCCAGCAUAAAUCCGCUCUCUUUUCCAUGGGCACAAGCACAAAGCAAACAGACUCUCGUGAAAAUUGGUUCCUAACGUCAGAGGAAUUUGAAGUAUGGAACAGCUUAUACAAACUAAAAGAAAGUGAUGGAGUCAAAGAACCAAUAUUGUCUCAAAGUCACUUUGAAACUUUAGAAAAUAUGGAGGAAAUAGCAGCAUCUCGAGUGGAAGGAGCUCAUGAACUUUCCCUAUCUGAGUGGAGACUUUGGCAGAAUCGUCCCUUUCCUACCUAUCUGGUUGACCACUCGGAUCGUUGCUACCAUUUUAUUAGAGUUAUGGAAAUGAUAGAACUGAUGAGACAUGAAGAGGGAGACUGCAGCUAUGAACGGGAAAUUCAGCCUUAUUUAAAUAUGGACGAUAUUAAAACCUCAAAUGCUCAAAGGAGUAGAUGUCUUUCCACCAGCAACUCCAAGGCUGAGAAGGCAUUUUCAUCCAGAAAAAACGUGGCACAAGGAUCGAAAGUAAAACUUGGUUCGUGUUCCUUAAGUGAACUUGAUACAGAAUGUAUUUCACUGUUUAAAACAACCAACUUCAAGACCACAAAAAGAACAUCUGCAUUAAAUUUGAAAAUGCCUGCAGCAUGUACAGAAGUUAACAUUUUAAAUUCUUUUUCAACCGCAGAAGACGCUGUUUCUGAAUGUACUGUACAUAAAAGUCUACCAGAUAACAGAGAAAAUGUGACAUUUCACUUAAAUGAAUUUACUGCCCCAGGUGAUCUCAGUGGAAAUGUUACUUGUUGUGCAAGUGAAAUAGUAAAGGAAUGUAAAUCUGUAAAUCAAGCCUAUAGUUCACUGAACAGAAACUGUGCAGAUUCUGGUUACAGUAGCUUCACAGAGGAGAAAUCACCAGUUUCACCUAGCUUGUUUUACCUACCGGAAGCAGAGUUGGAUUCAUUUGCACUCACAACUCCAACUGAGGAUCCUUCCUUGAUAAAAAUAAUAUUAACAAAUGUAAAAAGGCUUUUGUCACAGUCUCCUCCACCUUUGAAUAAACUCCAUAAUUGUGAAGGAUUGGACAGAACCAGAGAAGAUGAAAUCCAACAGCCUGUUCCUUUUCAAAAAGUUAUUUCCAACACAUUCACAGAGGGAUUGCAGGGCAAAACCUCUGUCUCUUUCACAGAGUUCCAGAAUCCAUCACUCCCCACUCAGAAAUGCUCAGAAUUAAAUGCCCCCAGUAAAUUGUGUUCCUCUAUAAAUAACUGUCCUUCAGAACCAAGCUUCCUUUCUGAGGCUUUUGUUGGCAAGACAAAUAAUGGUCUUAACUGGGACGACAUCUUUGACUGUGACAAUGGAGAGCACACAGAAAUUCAAAAGGACAAUCUAACAAUGGUAGAUCAUGCUCUGACAAAUAGCCCUUCAGACAGAAAUUCAGUUGACGGGCAUAAAAUGGAUUCUGAAAAGUUCCAGGAAAAUGUGGCCACUGACAGAGAUGAGAGCAUAAAUUUAUUUGAAGAUGAACAUUUUUCUGAUGUUAACAAUGCAAGCCUUUCUAAUUACAAUUGCAAUAAACUUUUGAUGUCAUCAGAUUUGUGUGAUAAAGACGCACCAAGUGCUGGACAAAUUUCUGAAGGGCAUAUUUCAGAUGCGUGCUUUCUAGACAGUGAUACAAACCCCAGAGAAUCACUAAUAAGCUGUAGGACCAGAAAUUUGAAAAUAUCUGAACAUUUGGAUAUUGUAAGCAAACAAUUUCUGGAUAAUGAAGAUCUUUAUGACUGUUCUCAGGAACUGUUUUCCGUUAACUUUGAUCUGGGAUUUUCUAUUCAAGAGUCUGAGGAUGAACAAAUAGACAUGAAUGGUAGUCAAAAUUCAGAUGGUAUCUUGGGCACUCAUGUAGAUGUUAAACCUACUAGAGGUGAAAAUGAGUUAUCAAAUGAUAACUUAAGACAUCCAUCUCCACCAAAAUUGAAAGAUGAAAGCAUUGCAAGAACAAACUUUUCUACACCAUUGCCCUCACAGAAUCAGAGAACGAAUCAAGCAAAACUGACUGAAAACUGUAUCUCAGUCAUUUCUCCUAUGAAGCUAAGAGAAGAAAAGGAACAUGGAUCAUAUGACUCUUUAGCUUCUGCAUUUUCCACACCAAAAGGUAGAAAGGUUAGGAAUGUUAAAGUCCUCAAAAGAAUUUCUAUGAAUGCUUUUUCUAGAAUCAGGCAGGAAAUUCCCCAGAUUUUGCCUACAAAUAAAGUAAAUACCAACACUGUUAAAGUUGGGCUAAAUUCAGCUUUUGAUACACCAGACCUCCCCUCAGGAAAGACUGAAAACCUGGACCACAGACAGCUGCAUGUUUCCCAGAAGUUUCCUAUUGAAGUAGAAAGUAGCAGCGAAAGUGAAGAAGAGAUUGUUUUCCAAAGGAAAAAUAAGAAAAAAGGAAAUGUUUUGAAGUCUCCUGAUGUUAAGAAUAACAGCGAUUUUGAAUCACCAGUUCAUGCUGUCAAGAAGCGUAGACAUCCACUUAACACAUCAGACGUAUCUAGUGAUGAGGGCAUGGAUUUUCACAAGAAAUCAAACAGGACUGUGGAUUGCGACAUGAGCCGUUACAGGAAACAACUAAAAGGUGUCAAAAGGCAAAAGAGUGAUGACAACUUUAUGUUCAAGAGUGCAGCCAGACAAUUUUUAGAUGAAGAAGCUGAACUUUCCGUACAAGAGGCAGAGGAUAUUUCAUCUGAUGAGAGUGAUUCAGAGAACGAACAAAACUCCUCACUCAAUCAAUUCCUUAAUGAUGAGACACAGUUCACAGAGGUUUUAAAUGAUUCUGAGAUGGAAGGAGUUUAUCUAAAAUCUGUGCGUAGCCCAGCUCUCGGCAACAGGUAUAAAAUGGUGCAUAAAGGAUUCAAUAGUAUGGCAGUUUUCUCACAGAUUCCUGAGCAAGAUGAGGCUUACUUAGCAGAUAGUUUCUGUGUCGAAGAGGAGGAAGAGGAAAAUCUCAGGAAAAGUGACGCUAGUGAAGAAGAGGAAGUGUGUGUCAAUUUUGACCUUGUAAUGGAUGAGCGCUCUGCUAGUGGAAGAAAACAAUACUUCACUCGCCGCAGAGUAAAAUUAAACCAGGCCAAGACAGAACAGAAUUGCGCAGUUCCGUUAACAAAGAAAAGGUCCCGAAUUAUUGUUCUUGAUGAUUCUAGUGGGGAUGAAACAAAUGUCAGUAAUCAGAGGCCAGUAAAAACAGCUUCUCCCAGAACAGACUACAGCCAUGCUCACAUACCCAAGUCAUUGCUUUCAGACUCUCCUGGACAGCCUAAAGCUCCUGCUAGAAAGAACUCUAUUCAUCAGCCCCUGGAGAACAAGGAUCAGAGACUAAUUAACCUGAAGGCUUCAGUGUCUGAAGUGCUGGACUUUCAGCCAGAAAGUAGGGGCAGAGGCAGGCUGUCUUCGCUGGCUAUUGCCAACAAUGAUUCGCUGAGAAGGGAUGGGGAUUUUCAGGCAAAACUCAAGGUGGAAGGUUCUUCAAACAACCUCUGUGCAAACACUUCAGAUACAUGGUGCUCUGGUUCCAAGGGAAAUUCUGCUGCUGCACCACCUGUUUCAGCUGGUCUUCUGGAGAGAGAUGCCUCCCUUUGCAUUCUGGUCGACAGUCGUGAGAUCUCCUCUGGAUCAGAAAUAAUUUCCUCCCUGAAAGCGGUUCAUGGAGUAAAGGUGCAGGUUUGCUCUCUCGGAGGCUGUGAUUACAUUGUGAGCAAUCGAAUGGCCGUGGAAAGGAGAACUCAGUCAGAACUGCUGAACAGUAUGAACAGGAACAAAGUUACACAACGGAUUCAGCAUUUGCAGAGCAUGUUCGAGAGGAUAUGUGUGAUUGUGGAAAAGGACAGGAUUAAAGCAGGAGAGACUUCAAGAUUAUUCCAAAGGACCAAGUACUAUGACGCCAUGCUGUCAGCCUUAAUCCGGGCUGGAAUCCGAAUCCUUUUCAGCUCUUGCCAAGAGGAAUCUGCCCAUUUGCUGAAAGAUCUGGCUCUGGUAGAACAGAGAAAGAACGUUGCUAUUCAUGUACCAACAGAAGUGACAGGGGCCAAACAAGAAGCUCUCCGGUUCUAUCUGAGUAUUCCCAACAUCAGCUACGUAGCUGCACUGAACAUGUGCCAUGGCUUUGAUUCUGUGAAGAAGAUGGCUAACAGCUGCCCGAAGGACAUAGCCACUUGUGCCCAAGUGAGUCAGCAGAAGGCUGAAGAGAUCUACCGCUAUAUCCAUUCUGGCUUUGACUUGCAAAUGCUGCCUGAAAAACUUCACACCAAAGGGAAGAGUAACACGUAACAGCAACACACUGAGAGAAACACAAGUCUGGACUCUGGAACUUUGAGGCAAUUUAUUUUUAAUCAAUGCACUUUAUUAUUGUUACAUAUGAUUCACUGUAAAAUAUGUAAAUAAAUCGUUGCACAAAAAGUAUAUUUCUUUAUAGGUGGGAGAGGGGAUGUUGAGUUGUGCUGCUGUGACAGAAUGAGACAGUAUCUAUGAUGUUGGUACUUGGGGGAAGCAUUUGCUGGACCAGGUCCACUCUGGCCAUCCCUCUCUCUCUCUCUCAACAAUUUUUGGAAGAACAGAUCUGUCUUGCAUGGUAACCUAUGUGGCUCUGUCCUUCUCUAGUGGCUGGUCCAUACAUAGGAACGUAUGAGUCUACUUCUGCCUCUGAGCUACAGAACCACGCUUCUUUAAUUUGGGCAGUAAAACUUCGUGUUUUGCAAGGGGCAUGACAUUACAUCUCAGCCCCUCCACUACAGUAACGAGAUGGUACUGCUUUAUAUUUUUUCAUAGCUAGAUGUUACUUGAAAGGUGUUACUAUAUGUAUGCCAAAUAUGGGCAGGGAUCAUGUCAUUCAAACUUUCCCUGGCAGAUGUCCAUCAUGUGGGCAAGCUGAUCAUUGUGUAAAGAUGCCAAAAUGAUUUCCAGAGCCAUCUGAAUUCUCCCUGUCUCUUACUAAUAAUACUUACAGCUUAUUAUGACAUCAGGGUUACAGCAUUGUUACAGCUGAACUGGUUAAUAAUGGAGGCCUAAAUAGCUUGUCUAAAUGAAGCAAGGUUGUCAGCUGAGUGGUAGUACACAUGGCUCCUCUUGUCCAGAGAAUGUAGGAUUAACAUACUGGUCAGGAAUUCUAGCUACUUGUCCACAUAGAAUGGUCUGGAACCACAGCUGGACAGUGGGAUUCCACAGGUAGACUAAAGCUGGGGCCGUUGCUUUGCUGGGUUAUGGAAAGAUAGUAAGCUCCCCACCAAACUGAUCCUUCCACAUCUAGUACAUCUUCAAACUGAGUUCUCACAUCAGGAGUAAAAACUUUAGUGGCUCAUUGUACCCAAUGGCUUUCCGCUCUUGAAACAUUGUUCAAAUGCAGAAACAUGAUGUAAAAAGUUUCGAUAUUCCAGUGCUGAUCCAUUUGUCGUUUUGUUCUUCGGCAAUAUGUAUCCAGGAACCGUUUGAUUCAAUGAUACACAUCGAUGUUAGGGAGCUUAUUCCUUCACCCACUUACUUCCCUGGUCCUUCUCGCAUGAACAGAGAGCAACAAUACCCGAAGUCCAAAGCUGCAGACAAUUCAAUGUUUAUUGGGGUGAACUUCCAGCAAGCAUGAUUCCAGUUUCCUUCCUUAGUGUCCCCCUUCCCAGCUCUGACACCACAGAGCUUUACCUGUGUCCCUGUUCCCAUUCCCUGCCUUAGCAAAACAUGAUUCCAAUUUCCCCCCAGCCCCAUUCCCUGUUCCCAUUCCCACCCCCUUAGCAAAACAUGAUUCCAAUUUCCCCACCCCCAUUCCCUGUUCCCAUCCCCCCCACACACUUCCUGAUUGACUGCAGACUAUACAGUAAAACUUGAGUUCUGCUUAGCUAUACCUUAACCAAUCAUUUUCCUGAAAUUUAACUAACCAAUCCUAACAUAUUGUAACAUGAUUAUGUAACCAAUUAUAUCCCACCACCUUAAUUAGUUUACACACAGCAAAAUUAAUUAUACAGCAGACAGGAACAAUCACAGAACCAGACAGAGAUUAUACAGACAAACAAUAGCAAAGUGGGAACUAUAAUGACAAAACAAUACAGAAGUGAGGAUUUCACAUUCUAGCUAUUGAUAAGUGAGUUCUUGCCAGACAGGAUGCUAUCAAACUAAGUUUCCUUUUACAUUUUCUAGACACUUCCCUUUCUCUGGAGGCGACAGGCACUAUCAGGACAGGAUUGUAUUCCUAACAGCCCAAUAGCACCUUAUUUCAGUGUGACUAGUUUGGAAUGGUAGGAGGUGACCGGUCGCUUCCCAGCUUAUGGCUGCCUCUGCUGCUUAGCCAGAGGCCUUAGCCUAAGAAUAGGGCCUCAGACUGUCACAGUGAGAGAAGGCCCUUACACUGGCAGACAGUGAUUUUGAUUCUUUCUUUUAUACCUCUAACUAGCCAAGUGAUAAGAAUACACCUAAAUUCUUAGAGUUUGGCCUUUACAGACAGGCCUGAAUAUCUAUAUCCUAACAACCAGUAGGGCCAGUGUUUUCUGGCAAUGAAAACGGAGUAAUUUUGGGUAUGUUAAUACAAAAAAAAUGCUAGAGGCAGCUAUGUUGGAGAGAUGGGGGACAGAUGUUGGGCACAGAGGCCUCUACCCUAGAGCCAGCUGUGUGCAGAGGAGGACAGAUGCUGGGCACAGGGGUACAGCCAGGCCAGUUGUUUGUGGGGGAGAGGGGCGAGGUGCUGUGGACGUUGCCGAGAGCAGGUGCGAACACCUUCCACUCUGCGGCAUAGUGAGAGAGCUCAGCAUCCUGCUGCCAAGUGCCUUGCCCAUCCAGGGGGAGCUCCAUGGUGGUUUUGCCAAGCCCAGUCUUGUGUGAGGAAGGGAGAAGCUGGCGGUGAGUCGGAAUAUCAGCCAGGGCCCAGCCUCUGCCCUGGGAAUGAAUCAGGUGUGUCUGGGGAAAAAUCUGAAGGGGGGAGGGGAGGGAAUGUGACCCUAUAUGCCCCACCCACCCUGAAUUGCAAUUCCAGAAAUGAAGAAUCAUUUUGGAAAAAAACAUAGCAAUAGCUGCAAUUUCUGUAAAACACCAGCCCUCACGCCAGGCAACCACGCUCAGCAUGUUGCUGCCACCUUGUGGAAACCGGUGGGGGGGGGAAUCUAUUGGUAGAUGUCUUCCCUUGCUUAAUAUUAGGAGGAUGAGUGAAGAUAAAGAUUUUUAAGAAAGAUUCUGCUAAUGAUAUCUUAGUGAAAGCCUUCCUGUUUCUUUUCCACAGCAACCAGAGUUUGAUUUCAGAAAGACAAUUGUAUGGAUUUUAAGGGUGCCACGUGGAACUGAGGUACCACUGAGCCCUGACGCACCAGCCUGGGCUCCCUCUCACACUGUGCUGCUGUAACAAGCUCCAAAGCCCUCCAGCCUGCACUUUCACCAGCAUUCACACAGUCACCCUAACAGGCCACUGGCAUACAGAAGACUUGUGAUGGAUGAAGUGAACGGAAGAAUGACUACAGCACUAGGGGCCGAGAUCCCCACCUGAGUUCAAUCAACUGGAAUAUAAAGACAUUUAAAGACAAUUGUUGGGGCUCUUUCAUAGCAUUUGCAUAGCUAUGUAUAGUUGAACCAUUUCUGAUAGUAUGGCUAAUCUGAGCUGUCUCCAUUUGGACAUGGAGUAGAGCUUCUCUCACUGCACUUCCAAAGAAUGUCAUAGAUUUCUCUCACUGCACUUCCAAAGAAUGUCAUAGAUUUUUAAGGCCAGAAGGGGCCAUUAGAUCUCCUAGUAUGGCCUACUGUAUAUAUCACAGGCCAAAGAAUUUCACCCAGUUACCCCCUUAGGGAGCCUGAUAACUUCUGUCUGACUGAAGCUUAUCUUCCAGAAAGCAAUCCAGUCUUGAUUUGAAAAUAUCCUUAUGGUCAAUUCCACUGAUGCUGUAGAAGUUACCAGUGUCAAUAAGAGAGUGGGUUUGAUUUGGGGUUAGCUGGCUGAGGUUUUAGGUGGACAAGGCAGAGAUUACACCGUUGGGUAGGAGUAGCAUUAGAUAAAGUGAUGUAUGCUCCGCUAAUUGAAAGUGUGUGGCCAUUUGUGAAUCAGGUUUACAAUUCAGGGGGUUUAUUAGGCCAUGGCUGCUAUUAGAUUCUCAGAAAGAAACUGUAGAUCAAGGAGUGCAUUUUUCCUCAUCUGUACUCAGUGAGGGAAACCGUUUUUUUUUUUUUUUUUAAUAAAGGAUUUGGACCUUUUCAUGCUUA